CGGGGGCGCGGGGAGGAGGCGGAGCGCGCGCGGCGGGAGCGCACCGAGAGGAGAACGCGCGGCGGGGAGCGCGCAGGAGCGAGCGCGGCGGGACCCCAGUCGGUGCCAGCUCGGAUUCCGCCCUCGGUGGGAUCUGGUCGCCUGGCGGAUGCUGAGCUGAGCUGAGACCAAGACAAGCCCAUCUCCAGAGCGGGGCUGUUCUAGGCUGUCCUUCUGUCCUGGGGAGGCCCGACGCUACCGGCGGCUGCACGUUCCCGGGAGGGAAGUGGCUCAGGGCCGACCUGGGCUGAGGAAUGGGGUCCGGGCGCUAAGCCCCGUCCUGAGGUCCCGCCAGCGCCGAGGGUCCGUGGGGAUGCCCAUCCACCAGCAGAAGCCGGAGAUGGAGCCGGACCCGUGUCCCGGCGACCAGAGCAGAGGGGGCAGCCUGGAGAGCCGCAGCAGCAGCUCCCGUUCCAGAAGCUUCACUCUGGCCCAGGAGGACGAGGGCCCCCAGGGCCUCACGCACGAGGAGAAGGACGUCCUUGAUGUCCUGCAGUUCUUUGAAGAGACGAUCGACUCCCUGGAGGCGGCGCUGGAGGAGCAGGGGGUCUGCGAUGGGGGGGCGCCCCGCCACUCCCCACACCCCCCGGAGCCAGAGGACGUCAUCGACCUGGUGCCCCCGGGGCCCCCAGUGGGGGAGGCCGGGCCCCGGCCAGGCGCAGCGAUGCCGGCGACAGGGACCCUGCCUGCCAGAAAGGAAGAUGCGGCUCUCCCCACCUCCGGGGGACAAGGCCCCCCUGAGGUGACCCCGAUAGAUGCCCCUGGCCCCGAGGCCCCGCCUCCGGCCUCGCCCAUCGCUGCGGCCCCUGGCAGGCCCCGGAGGGAGCCGCUGCCCCCGUCUCCGCCCGCAGAGCACCCCAAACUGCCCCGCUCCGUGCCCACCCCGCUGGUCAUCGCCCAGAAGAUUUCCGAGCAGCUGGCCGGAGACGAAGCCCUUUCGCCCCCGUCCCCCUGGAAGGAGGGCAGGAGGACCCUGCCGUGCCCGGGCGAGCCCCCCGGGGGGCCCCGGCCCAGGCUGCACCGCUUCCCCAGCAACAUCAGCCUCACCAACAGCGCUGGCCGCGACUUCAGCCAGACCAUCUCCAGGGCGGCGGUCAGCGUGCAGGAGCGCAAGGCGCGCGUCCUGGCCAACAUCAACGGGGUGGCCCUCCCCGCCGCGGGGGAGCCCGGCCAGGAAGCCGCCGGCCGGCAGCAGUCGCGGGGGGUGCAGACGGACCGGCCCCCCGCCUGGGCCAACGGCUUCCAGAGCCUGCACGAGGCCCUCACGAGCCAGCCCGCGCCCUUCGUGCCCACGGGCAAGACGGUCACCUUCCGGCCUGAGCCGGCCGCCAGCAGCAGGCUGGCCCGGCACCAGGCCAGCAGGAGCGUGUGCGAGCCACGGCUGCCCGAGCCGGGCCAGGACGAGGCCCGGCCACGCUCGGGCUCGCUGCCGCGGGCCGUGGGCUUCCGGCCCCAGGGCGUCACCGUGCAGUUCUCGGGCCGCGGCUCCUCGGAGGAGGCCCGGAGGGAGGCGCUGCGGAAGCUGGGGCUGCUGAAGGAGCACCUGUAGGGGGCCGGCCCGGGCCUCUGCGGCUCGUCCUCACUGCUCAGGAGGGGAGGGUCUGCCGCCUGCCCUCCCUCUCGGACCCGACCCCGGUUCCCAUCCGCGUCCGCGAGAAAGCACUUUCCCGAAGGAAACGCACCGCGGCUGCGCGGAGAUGUCGCUGCGGCCGGCCCGGCCCGUCUGAAGGGCCACGGCACGCGCCACGGCACGAGUGUGGCCCCGGGAGGCCUGGCCAGGUGUCUCCGCGCAGGAUUUGGGCCGCCCGGGUUUUUGUUUUUGUUUUUUCUGUGAGGGAAACCGUCACCCCGCGUGCUCCGGGCUGCGGGGUCGGAAGGCGGAGCUGGGAGGGUCUUUGGAGAGGCCGUCGGCAGAUGCUGGCGACUGUGUGCAGCACCAGGAUCCGCAGCUGUGCUCCACGCGUGCGGGACGCAGCGUCACGGGCUUCUGGACACCUGGUCACAUGGUGCAGGACAGCGUUGGUUUCAGCGCCUGCCGCAGGCCCAGACCAGGACCCUCCUGGGGACGCCGAAGGACGCAGCCUGUCACGGUUCCAUGACCCGAAGCACUCCUGCCCGAGGCCUUCCAGAUCGCCGUUCCCGUCCCUUCCUCAGGGGACCCCUGGGGGGCGGGGCGACACUGCCCUUCCGUGGCUGUCGGGCCACGCUCUCCCCGCCAGGCUGGCACACGGGGAGGCCAGCUCUGGGACUGCCGCAAAGGGGCCUCCUGCCGCUCACAGCCUGUCUGCCUUAACUCGUGUGUGUGUGUGUGUGUGUGUGUGUGUGUGUGUGGCUAUAUGUCUGUGUGAGUAUAUGUGUGUGUCUCUGUGUAAGUGUGACUGUUUCUGUGUGUAUCAGUGUCUGUGUGAAUGUAUGUGUGCUGUGUCUAUGUGAGUGUGACCCUAUGUGUGUCUGUGUGAGUGUGAGCCUGUGUGUCUGUGUCUGAGUGUAUGUGUUUCUGUGUGUGACUGUGUGUGUGACUGUGUGUCUGUCUAUGUGAGUGUCUGUGUGUGUAUAUGUGUAUGUCUGUGUCUGGGUGUAUGUGUGUGUUUCCGUGUAUGUGACUGUGUGUGUGUGUCUGUCUAUGACUGUCUGUGUCUGAGUGUGUUUCCGUGUGACUGUAUGUGUGUGUCUGUGCCUAUGAGUGUAAGUGUGUGUCUAUGUGAAUGUGAUGUAUGUCUGUAUGUGUGUGCUUCUGUGUGACUGUGUGCCUGUGUCUGUAACUGUGUGUGUGUUUCCGUGUGUGUCUGUGUCUAUGUGUGUCUGUGUGAGUGUGACUGUGUGUGUGUGUGCAUGCGUGUGUGCGCCCAGCCCUGUCCUUCCUGCUCCGUGGUCUUCAUGUACAUAGGUACUUUGGUUUCUGCCGGCUUUGCAGACCAUCUGGCCUCCCCUGUCUGUGCUCACAGGGUUCUGGGGGCUCGUCCCUGCAGCAGGGGGUCUGGCGGCCCUGCUCGCUGUCCUGGGGUUUCCUCCUUCCAUCCCAGCCCGGGCUUCCGGAUGAUUCAGAGGAACCUGCCUGUGUAUUUAUUCUGUACCCGCCGCCCAGAAGAAUA